AUGCGACCGCGACGGUGUGGCUCUAUGGGCGGGUGGCUCUCGGUCUGCGGGCUGCGGUCGCACCUCCUCCCACCGGCGCUCUUGCUGCAGCGGGCGGUGCUGGAGACCCGGCCGUCGACGGGCAAAGGUGAUAACCAUGGAUCAGAGGCGCUCAAAGUGCUGUCAUCAUUCGAGUGGGACGAAUGCACCGCCCUGCUUGACGACCCGGCCAUGCUCUCCAUGCAGAUGUCGCAAACGCCGCGUGUCGAGCCGACGUCACAGGGCUCAAUCGCGCUGCCCAUGCCACCGUCGGCCUCGAGUCAGCGCCCGCGUCCACCGCCGCCUGCCGCGCAAACGACGUCUUCGUCACAGAGGCAGUCGAUGCGGCUCGCCAGCCGAUCGACCGGCUCGCUGACUGCGCCGGUGCGUCCGCUGAACAUGGCGUCGCAGAAGGGCGGCGAGACACCGCAGCGGCAGAGCUCGCUCUUCUCGUCUCACGCCUCGCAAUCGCUGUCGGCCGCGAGCCCGGCCGUGACGCGAGCGAGGACCGAAGGCAGUGUACAUAUGGGGCCGCGGCUGGCAGAACCGCCGACGCCGAGCAACAAGCCCAUCCAAUUAAUGACCCGCGACGAGCUGGUUGCCCAGCUGCAGACUAAGAUCGGCGAGAUCACCAACUUGCGCGACAGGUUUGUGGUUCAUGAGCGUGAGCUCGUCGAGGCCCGGGCCCGUGAGAUGCAGGCGCGUCAGAACGCGCAGAUGGAAACCAACGGGGCCAUCAAGCGCCUGACCGACGAGGUCAACCAGAUGCGAACAGAGCUGUCGUUCAAGCAGAAUGAGGCCCGCAACCACGAGGAAGAGGCCCGCAGGCUACAACGCCAGCUCAAGCAGGUCAACGAGGCCAAGGGUGCCCAGCAGCAGUUCUUUCAAGAGGAGAUGCGCCGCAUGCGCGAGUCGCUCACUGCAGGAGGCGGUGCUCUCAGCUCCGGCCGCUCGGCCCGCGCGGGGAGCUCGUCACAGACUCCCACCUCGGGCCGCCCACGUCGAGCACGUACGCUUGCUGGCUCGGCUCCCCCGCCGCAACCGCCAGCACCAAGCCCGGCCCAUAUGAUGAUGUUUGGCGAGGGCUUUCUCGACACCCCUGUCCGCCCAACCCGUACCACCAGCGGUGCAUCGGCUCUAGAGACAAGCUCUUCACCGCCAGUCGAGGCGCCGCCACCGCCACCGCGCAUGCGGAUGCGCGACGCGCUUCACGCCCACCUCAACGACCUCGACGACUACCGCCGGCUCGUCCAUGCCCUCUUCAGCCAUGUGCCAAGUGCGGUGCAUCUGCUGCUGCAGUCAACAGGCACGCCCGACACGGCAGCGACCAUCAAUGCGGCCGGCGAAGCUGGUCUUGCGCCGCGGCUACCAGGCAGCCCGGUACACCGGCCGCGGAUGCGGCUCGGCUUCUCGCACACCACGCCUGUGGCGUCGCAAGUUCUCGGCUCGGGCGGCGGCACACUGAGUGUCGGCGGCAGCGCCGGUCCGCGGCCCGGAGGACUUGAGGCCAGCUACGAUGCCGACGCUCUCUCGCAAGCGCUACUCGGCAUCCUCCUCCGGAUGCUUGCCACCUCGUGUGAGCCGGCGUGCCUCCCGGACCUUUUUGCUCUCCUUGGCGCCAACCUAGUGGCCGAGGCGCCGGCCAAGGUCCACGCCGCGGUGCUGUCGGUACUCGGUGCGAUCCUCGCGUUCUCGCCCGACGCACGAACCCUGCUCGCCAACUCGGCGACCGCUGACGCCGAGCUUGGCUUUGGUGCCGGCGGAAGUCAGGGCGCCGGUUUUGAUCCCGUCUCUUCGCCGCUAGCUGGUGCCAUUGUUGACUCUGACGACGACGCCGCCGCCGGGCACGGCUCAGGCCCGCGAGCGAUGGACCUCGGCGGCGAGCGGUGGGACGACGAGCGUGCCGCGAUGAACCCGAUCCAGGUCGUCCGCUACAUGCUCGACAACUUUGAAAAGUUCAUGGCGGACGAGACGGUGGCAGCGCUGGUGGCGGCGCUCACCUUUGUGGCUCGCGCGCUCCCGCCGGACACGCUCGCCUCGUUCCGCAUCCUGUUCUCGCGCGGCUACCUCGACGCGCUGCUCUCGCCAAAGCAGCCGCUGGCCAUCCGUGAGGGCGCUGUCGAGCUGCUGCAGGCGCUCGUCCGCGCGCCGCGGCUCCUGGCGCUCCUGCUUGAGCCAAGCAGGACGUCGCCGCUGCUGCGGGUGGCGGCACUGCUCUCGGCGUCGACCGAGUACGCGCCCGACGAGGUCCGCCGCCUCCGCCGGCGCGUCGUCCGCAUCCUGUCGUACGUCGUGGCAACGAGCGAUGCCGGGCUGGAGACGCUGCUCGACACGACUCCGCUGCCGCAGGCAACCGGAACGCUUGGCUCGCAGAUUGCAGCCUCGCAGGUCCUCGGCACCGCCAUGUCGCAAACUGCUGGCACAACUGCCCGAAACCGGAGCCUUGUCCUCAUCGUCCGACUGGUCGAGGCGCUCUCGCAAGAGGUCUUUGUUCUUGGUCCUCCGCCGGCGUCAGGAACGCGGUUUGCCCUCGCCCUGUCCGACACGCACUCGCCUGCCACCGUCGCCGCCUCUGCCGCCUACAUGCGCGACAUCCUCGUGCUCAUCGGCAUGGCGCUGCACAUGCGGCCGGACCUGCUCCUCCCGCAGCUUGAGCCGCUGCUCCCGGUCUUUCUGUCAUCCACGUCGUGGAUCGCCGGCGUCGCCGCCAGCCGACCCGACUCUCAGAUUGCCGCCCUCGCCCCGCUCGCCACCCUUCUUGUCGACGCCAUCGCCACCGAAGCCGAGUCGCUCAGCAGCGGCGAGCCCGACUUGUGUGUCGUUGACAUGGACGUUGUCGAGCCGCAGCAGGCCAGCUCGAUUGCAAGCGGUAUGAUCAACGCCGUCCCGCCAUCCUCCAGCGAUGGCGAUGAAUGA